UGACAGUAAUAGCUAUCAUUUAGCAAAUCUUACCAUGUGCAGGUACUGUGCUAAUUAUUUGAUGUAGGUUAUUCUCUUUUAUCUCAAAAUAACCCAAUAAGUAAAUGGAUAUUAGCAAAUCUAUUUUCAGAAUGAGAACACUGGGACUCAGAUUAAAUAUCUUCUCCAAUGGCUAGCCAGAAGCAGACCUGGGAUUGGAAACAGGUGAGCUGGAGGCCUAGCCUUCACAGAGUUCGCAGGCAUUCUGCUAGGAGGACUGGCUGCUAGUAGCUCAGUUCUUGAGCCACUGUCCUCUGUAUGUUAGUGCCCUCGGCUCCUCAGGAGAAUGAGUCUUCGCAGUGUGGUCUGUUUCUUUAGGUUUAGGAUCUUCCAGCUCAGCCCUAACUAGCAGGCUCCCUCGUAGGCUGGCCAAAUGACAUAUCACUAUGAGCUUGUUUGUGCUCCACAAUCACAUUGAUCUAAAUUCAGACUGGCAUUCUGCCACUAGCUAGUUUCAUGGGAACUUUCCAGGUUCCUCAGUUUCCCAAUCUGAAAACUGGGAGUACCAAUAGUUGGUAAUCCAUAGGGCUGUUGGAAGGAUGGUUCCGGGUUUGCCUCUUUGCCUCCUGACCCACUCUCCAAUCUUCCCUGCUCUACUGUAUGUCUGGGGGCGGGGGUGACCCUAUAAACUCAUGCCUCAGGCUCCCUUGAUGCUUGUUUUGAUCAAUAGGAAGGGUGGAUCAGUAGUAGGAGGGCAGAAAGAGGGUAGACCCCUCUUUCUCAGGACAUGACUUUGAGGUUUAGGUUCCUCCUGGACAGUUCCCUGUCCUUUGUCCCACUUGGCUUUGUCAUUGUAACCCAAGGGGGAGAGUGAUCUCGGGUUGUUGCUAUCUCUGGGUUGCCUCAUGGUCCCCUUGUGUCCUUUCAUCUCUUCCAUGACCUUUUUCAAUGGUUCUCUGAUUAGAAUCCCUCAGCUGAGCUGUUUGGCAUGGGCUCUGUUUUCCUGCGUGCUCCUGGCUGACAAAGGCUUGCUUGAGAUGAUGCCUAUAAAUUACUUACAAUAGUGCUUGGCACAUGCUAAGUGCUGGACAAAGGGUUGCUCACCAAAUGGACUUCCUUUCUGCCUACAUUCUCUGUUGCCAGUUGCCCCAGGGCUGACCCUAGGUAGGCCCCUGAAUCACUGUCCACUUCUCCUUCCAGAUUGAUGAAGAAGCACCUGGGCUUCUGUUCCCUGAUUCCUCCUUAUCUAAUCUUACAAAGUAAAGGCUAUGCAUAUCCCUCCAUGACCUUUAUGUCACAUGCUACAGUUUUAUUUUUAUGAACUUCUUACUGUGGCUUUACAAGUCCUGCUUUAUCUGAUCUACCUUGGCUUUCCCCUUCCUCCCUCUGCUACUUUUCCUUUUACUCAACUCCAGUUAUCCUGGUCUUUGCUCAAUUCUCACUCUCUGCCAAGCUCUGUUCAUCCUCUGGGCUUUGGCAUGUCUGUUGGCUUCUUAGAGAGUCCUUCUCCGGACUCCUUCCAUGGAGAGGCCCUUCCUCACCACUUUAAGGUCAGUGACCUCUGCUAUUCUCUGUGACAGAGGCUGUUUGAAGUCCUUGUUUAGCACUUUUCUUCUUUUUCUUACUUGUCCCCAUCUUUCCUCCAGCUGUCCAUUUCUACACGCCAUAGGCCAUCAGACUAUCAAUUCCACAAGGGCAGGGUCCAUGCAUAAUCUUCAUCCUUGUAUCUUCAGAAAUUAGCAAGGUGCCUGGUAUGGAUCAGGCUCUUGGUCAGAGUGUUGGGAAUGGGUGAAUGUUGUUGAAUCAAUCUGUCUUUAAAUACCUCUUGUCAAGUUUCCCUAGUUAUCCAGUAGUGAUAAUUUGGGAGUCUGCCCCCUGCCCCUUGCCCCAGGUUUGGCUCUGUUCAGGCUGGUCUUCAUCACUGCUCCUUGCCAGGGCCCUGCCAGACACAUGAAGCUCCAGUCUCUCGAUGGAAUACCUAGCUACUGUGAGCUAGGUAGAUCCAGGGAAGGCCCUACUUCACAUGUGAGGGAUCUCACAUCCAAACCACAACUACUCCUCAGCCCUGUCCCCUUCUUCAGGUCUAGGCCAUGCAGAUUCCUACCUGCUUCUCAGACAGCAAUCUCUUUUGACUUCAGGGCCAAACAAAGGCUACUGACCCCAGGCAAACAAUUUCUCAUUUUUUGGUUUUCUAUCACAAAAUGGUUGUUAUUUGCAAGUACUCAAGCUCCCUCAAGGGCUUAAUGGACUUUUGGAUUUAAAGCAAAGGAGCCUAGCUACACUCCUGAAACAAGGGAAAAUGGCUUUCAUUCCUUAAGAAUGAGCUAACAGAUUAAGAAAAAAGAUAUAUUAGCUAGUUUCUUAAUUGCCCUAAAUCCAUACCCUGCCUGAGGCACCACUGGUAGCUAGAAGCCCAGAGUUCUGCCCAGUUCCUGCUGUGCUUCCUUCCUGGGAGGUGAGCCUCAUUAUAUACCCCAUCUGGCAGGUGGUGCCAGCACAGAUCUCCCCGAAGUCUGAGGAGCCCUUCCUGCUUGACUUGGGGAUAUUUGAUGACCACCUUGAGGGACUGUUGCUCCAACCUGCCUCUUCACAGGGGCCUCCUGUCCCAGUGUGCACAUGAGUUAGAUGUGGUUGGGUUCAUUCUUUGGACAUUAUGUCUUACCACAAUUGGCUUUGGUACGAGGGAAAUUUCCUCAUCUUCCGUUUUGUUUGCCCAGGAAGUUUAUACUAUUAUAAGCCACAGUUCUAUGUACUUUAGGACUUGGGAGAAAAUAGAUAUGUAAGAAAAAAUAUCACAUAUUGUAGCAUGAGAGCAAUAACUCAAGGCUGAGUGAGUAGUUGUUUGGGCUUAUAGGUUGGGCACACUCUUCAUGGUGCAGGAUUGUGAAUGGUUCUGCUUUCUAUAGUGGGCAGGAUAUUCAUUAUUUACUGUUCUGAACUAUUCAAAUUAGAAUUAGAAUUGUUCAAAUUUGAUUUAUGAUUAUACACACACACACCAAUACACAUAUUGGUAUAUAUACUGAUUGAUGUGUGUGUGUGUGUGUGUGUGUGUAAGUAACAUGGGUUGUCCAAUUUGCAGUCCAAGUAUGGGGUGCAGUUAUAGACAUUUUCACUCAGUACCACACCUAAUAUUCCAAUCAUUCUUUGAUAUCUCUAUUUUAAAGCUUAAUAUACUAAUAAAUUUCCUGAUGAAGCAGCUUUCAGUAAAAAAUGGAGCCUUUGUUCUGCCACAAACAUGGUAAAAGAAAGCCAGAGAAGUUCCAAUCCCUUCUGAUCUAAGGUCCUUUCUAAAAGAUAAGGUUUCUUUGCAUUGCCAUCUCUCAGCAUGGCGUUGGCAGGAACUAUUUCUAAGCUUUCUCUUUAUUUUUUUCAUAUUUUUGAGUCAUUCCGGCAGUAAGAUCUGUGCUCAAAAUUAAGUAUGAUUUAGAAAUGCUUUUGCAUGAGAAUCACAGAAGACCAGAUUCUAGUGGCUUAAAUAGGUAGAGAGUGCAUAAAAUUCAGAGGUGCAUGAUCGAUGAUGUUGGUAUGGUCAUUGUCACACAGCAAGAGGGGAAGAAAGUGAGAAAGCAGCAGUCAGUGACUGCCGUGUCUGUUCCCUUUUACUUGGAAAGAAAAGUUCUAGAAGUCUUCAAGUUGGCCUUUCUCUUUGCCCAGAACUGGGUCAUAUGACUGUUCUGGCUACAGAAACAGCUGCAAUAUUAGGGAAAAAGAGGAUCACCAUUGGCUUAGAUACCGUCACGCAUUCUUUCCUCAGAGCUAGAUAGGAGAUCACCCAGAACAAAAUCAGAGACAAGGAAUAGGUAUGGGGCAGUAAAUUCUCAGAGACUGCUCCAAAUCAACUAGUGGAUUCCAGAAUCCAUAGACUGAAGAACUUGCUGCUGGUUUUUGUACCUUUUUGGAAAUAAUUAUGAAGCAGGAGUAAAGCAGCUGCUUGUUCUCUGGUUGUGUGGACAUUCUGCAGAGGAAACUGAUAGCUGAGUGCUGAAUUUUUCUUUUGUAUCACAGAAGAAUUUUUCAUCCCAGCACAUGAUUUGGGAGCUACACUUUAUGACAUGGAUGAAUCUGCAUUGAGCCUUGGCACAAUAGAUGUUUCUUAUCUGCCAAAUUCAUCAGAAUACAGCCUUGGUCGUUGCAAACACACAAGUGAGGAAUUGGGUGAGUGUGGCUUUAGACCUACCGUCUUCAGAUCCGCAACCUUAAAAUGGAAAGAAAGCUUAAUGAGCCGGAAAAGACCCUUUGUUGGAAGAUGUUGUUAUUCUUGCACUCCCCAGAGCUGGGAAAAAUUUUUCAACCCCAGUAUUCCAUCUUUGGGUCUACGGAAUGUUAUUUAUAUCAAUGAAACUCACACAAGGCACCGAGGAUGGCUUGCCAGACGUCUUUCUUAUGUCCUUUUUGUUCAAGAACGGGAUGUCCAUAAGGGCAUGUUUGCCACCAAUGUGGCUGAAAACGUACUGAAUAGCAGCAGAGUACAAGAGACCAUUGCUGAAGUGGCUGCUGAAUUAAACCCUGAUGGUUCUGCUCAGCAGCAGACCAAAGCCAUCCAUAAAGUGAAAAAGAAAGCCAAGAAGAUCCUUCAAGAAAUGGUUGCCACUGUCUCACCUGGGAUGAUCAGACUUACUGGGUGGGUGCUGCUAAAGCUGUUCAAUAGCUUCUUUUGGAACAUUCAAAUUCACAAGGGUCAACUUGAGAUGGUUAAAGCUGCAGCUGAGACGAAUUUGCCGCUUAUAUUUCUACCAGUCCAUAGAUCCCAUAUUGACUAUCUGCUGCUCACUUUCAUUCUCUUCUGCCAUAACAUCAAAGCGCCAUACAUUGCUUCAGGCAAUAAUCUUAACAUCCCAAUCUUCAGUACCUUGAUCCACAAACUUGGGGGCUUUUUCAUACGACGGAGGUUGGAUGAAACACCAGAUGGACGGAAAGAUAUUCUCUACAGAGCUUUGUUGCAUGGGCACAUAGUGGAACUACUUCGGCAGCAGCAGUUCUUGGAGAUUUUCUUAGAGGGCACACGCUCAAGGAGCGGGAAGACCUCCUGUGCUCGGGCAGGACUCUUGUCAGUGGUGGUUGAUACCCUGUCUACCAAUACCAUCCCGGACAUCUUGAUCAUACCUGUGGGAAUCUCCUAUGAUCGGAUCAUUGAAGGUCACUACAAUGGCGAACAGCUGGGCAAACCUAAGAAAAACGAGAGCCUUUGGAGCGUAGCAAGAGGUGUUAUUAGAAUGUUACGAAAAAACUACGGAUAUGUGAGAGUGGACUUUGCACAACCAUUUUCCUUAAAGGAAUAUUUAGAAAGCCAAAGUCAGAAGCCUGUAUCUGCUCCACUUUCUUUGGAGCAAGCCUUGUUACCAGCUAUACUUCCUUCACGACCUAGUGAUGCUGCUAAUGAAGGUGUAGAAAUACCCAGUAAUGAAUCCAGGAAUGCAGCAGAAGAAUUCUUCCGAAGAAGGUUGAUUGCAAAUCUGGCUGAGCACAUUCUAUUUACUGCUAGCAAAUCCUGUGCCAUCAUGUCCACCCACAUUGUGGCCUGCCUGCUGCUCUACAGACACAGGCAGGGAAUCAAUCUCUCCACAUUGGUGGAAGACUUCUUUGUGAUGAAGGAGGAAGUCCUGGCUCGUGAUUUUGACCUGGGGUUCUCAGGAAAUUCAGAAGAUGUAGUCAUGCAUGCUAUACAGCUCCUGGGAAAUUGUGUUACAAUCACACACACUAGCAGGAAUGAUGAAUUCUUUAUCACUCCCAGCACAACUGUGCCAUCAGUCUUUGAACUGAACUUCUACAGUAACGGGGUGCUGCAUGUCUUCAUCAUGGAGGCCAUCAUAGCUUGCAGCCUCUACGCGGUUCUAAAUAAGAGGGGCUCAGGAGGACCCACAGGUGCCCCCGGCAACCUGAUCAGCCAGGAGCAGCUGGUGCGGAAGGCCGCCAGCCUGUGCUACCUACUCUCCAAUGAAGGCACCAUUUCUCUUCCCUGCCAGACUUUUUACCAAGUUUGCCAUGAAACAGUAGGAAGAUUUAUCCAGUAUGGUAUUCUUACAGUGGCAGAGCAAGAUGACCAGGAAGAAAUCAGUCCUGGUCUUGCAGAGCAGCAGUGGGACAAGAAGCUUCCCGAACCGUUGUCUUGGAGAAGUGAUGAAGAAGAUGAAGACAGUGAUUUUGGUGAGGAGCAGCGAGAUUGCUACCUAAAGGUGAGCCAGUCCAAGGAGCACCAGCAGUUCAUCACCUUCCUACAGAGACUGCUUGGGCCUUUACUGGAGGCCUACAGCUCUGCCGCCAUCUUUGUCCACAACUUCAGUGGUCCUGUUCCGGAGCCUGAAUAUCUGCAAAAGCUGCACAAAUACCUAAUCGACCGAACCGAAAGAAAUGUUGCAGUAUAUGCUGAGAGUGCCACCUACUGUCUUGUGAAGAAUGCUGUGAAAAUGUUUAAGGAUAUUGGGGUUUUCAAAGAGACCAAGCAGAAGAGAGUAUCUAUUUUAGAACUGAGCAGCACUUUCCUACCUCAAUGCAACCGGCAAAAACUCCUAGAAUAUAUCCUGAGUUUUGUGGUGCUGUAGGUAACUUAUGGCACCUCUGGCAAGUGAAGGGCUGGAGAUGAGUCCCUUGCAGGCUCCAGCAUUUGUCCUGAGAGUUGCAGGUGCCGUCGCGUGGCCGGGCCUGCCCUGCCCUGAGGUGACCUGGAAGACAAGUGCCUUCUCCCCUUUGUGGACCUGUGAUCUUCCCAACUCUUAGACACAGCGGCCUAUGGAUAACACUCGGGGGGCCCUCAGCCUCUGUUGCAACUCAUAAUCAGUAGAUUACUAGGUGAAAUCUCAAUAAAUUAUUUUGGAGUUUAUUAAAGAUUUACAUUUUAAGUACAACUUUUAAGGACUAAUUACUGUGAUGGAAACAGAAAUGUAGUUGUAUUCUAGAACUAAAUGUUGUAUAGUAUACAUAAAUAGUGGAGUAAUUCAUUCGUAUAUUUUCUGAUUAAUCGUUAAUGCUUCCCUUAAAAAUAAUUGUCAUCCAUUCACUCUUUUCGGUUUUACCUUUGUCAGUAGUAACUAAAUUUGAAACGGGAGCCCUUUCAUCCCAAGUGCUUUACAGAUGAGUGGGCUGAGGUACAUCAUACCCAGAUAUCACUGUGCUGUCCUCUGAGGUCAGAUUUAGAAAACGUGUUAAGAGCUACAUGAAAACAGACAAUAUUAGUUUAGGUCAGGAACUGAGAUAAUGCGAUCAAAUAGCCAACAUCAGGAAUUAAAUUUAGCUGGCAAAAUACAAGGUAAACCUGGCCAGAAAACUGGCACUGAAAACUUGUGCUCACAUAAAAAAGUGCCAUUGAAUUUCAAAUGACCAGCAAGUAUUUAAAAACUUCUCCUGUUUUAUGUCUGCACCCCUUCCCACCUCUCACAGGUACAGCUGUUUCUUCUAAGAUCUCCAGCCAAAUAGCACCUGCACUGAGUUGAUUAGCUCAUCCUGAUGGGCUCUGUUAGUGCAUGCUCUGGCUGCAGACUCCCGACCCAGGGCUUUCAUGUAUGCACACAGGUCGGUGGGUGGCUGGUACUUACUCGAGUUUGCAGUGUUUGAACUGUGCAGUAUCUGCAUGUCCCUACUUCUAGGUGAAUAGCAUUUAUGGAUUUUUACCUUUGAGAAAAAAACAUGGUUUAUAUGCCUAAACCCUCUCAUGCCUCAUAGAGGCAAAUAAUUAAUUAUGAAAAAUUGUCUGUUUAUAAUGGGUAGGUGCCUUUUUGUGAGCAGGGAGCAUAAUUAAUUGUGAUAAUUAUGGUGAUUUCUUAAAGAUCAUGUAAUGUUAAAAAUUUUCCUAACCAUUUAUUGUCCCUUAUUUCCAUGAUAUUAUGAAACUGAGUUUUUUCUGAUGAGUGUUGCAUAGAUUCUUUGAAUUUAGUAUAAAAGUACUGCAAAUUAAGUUUGUACUUUCCUGAACUUGGAUUUUAAACACUAAUAGUAUUUCAUGAGUAUGUGUGCAUUGGGAGAGGGAGGGGUAUUGGUGGAUAGUUCACAUUCUGUGAAAUAAUCUUGUUUGAGAGUCAGCAAUAAUGCUAAUGCUGUGUGAUCUUUCACCAUUCUCAAUUCUGUACAUAAAUAUAUCUCUCCUUUAUCUUGUAGAAACUCACGUACCAUUAAGUCAGUCACUAUAGCAACUGUGUGGCAUGAGAUGCCACCUUUUCACCUUCAAUUUACUGAGUAGAAUAGAGGAACACUUCUGGCUGCACUUGGGGACUACCCAGGGAAUCUGUUCAUUCCCUUGGAUGGUCCUUCUCUGGGGAAUCAAACACUUCACAAGUCUCUUCUUUUCCUAUCCUCUAAAUUGUAAUUCAAGGAUCAUUCAACUUCUCUGUUAGUUGGCUGGAAAGUCCAGGCGGAGACUGGCUUUCCAGUGGAUAUUGCUGCUCUGCCUGUCACUUUUGCAAAGAGCUGCUGCUUUACCAGCUUGAGCAGAGAAACUAUGGCUUCUCUUGCUUUAUUUUCCCUUUUGGUUGGUUUGUUUUCAAGAAAUUUGAUCAGAUGCUUUGGGGAAUGCAAUUUGCUAUCUCUCUUGCCACUUAACUCACUGUGAGGAUAAACAUGCAUGCUUUUAUAAUUAACUGGUGCUUUGAAAACCUUUUUUAAGGAAGAAAAAUCUCAACCAAAGUUAUGCUCAUCCAGAGAAGCUGACCCUUAAGUUAAUUUUAGCACAGCUCAUUCUUUAGUGCCUCAUUACUGGGGAAAAAAGAUCACAAUAAGGCUUCCAGAUAGCUCUGUUUUGCUAAUAGACACGUUCUCAUUGUUUUCCAACAGUGGAUGGCUUCCAAGUAAGGUUAAACCAACUAGGUGCUUGUAAAUAAUUUAUUACAGUUUACUGUAUUGCAUUUCUAUGAAACUGAAAUGCAUGCCCUUCAGGGGAAGACUGUGAGUCAAGUUUAAAAACAAAUAACCCAGUAACAAGCAAUAUGAAACUGCACCCUAUUUUUAAAAAAAUAAGAAAUUCAGAAGAAAGGAAGGAAUUUGCACUGUCUUAAAAUUCUAACAAAAUGACAAAAAUGUGUGUUAAGUGUAAAAAACUAGGAACUGAGAAGGCACUGCAUCUUCUUCUUCAGACCUCUAAGUCUCACGGAGUCACGAGGGUGAGUAAAGAAAAUAUGUCCUAGGAUGGCAGUGAAUGGAAGCUCCGACUGUGGAGUUUCCUGCAACCUGGAGGGGCGAGGGCAGUGCCCGUAGAGUUCCUUGUCUUCUGAGGACCCUGGGAGAUGUACCUUGGUGUUUUUUAGCAAGUGUUGCUGGCAAACUGUUCGAUCGUGGAAACUUGUACUGCACCUGAGCACGGUAAGGGCUUGGCCCCCAGCAGUCUGUUGAACCUGGCAUUUCCCAAACUCUUGACCUCAGGACCUUUUCCCCCUCUGGGACACCUCUGAACCUCUCACUAGUAUCCUAUGGAAAACAUUUGGGAAGACACUACGUUAGGCAGUUCUAUAAGGAGACAAAACACUGACGAACAGAUGGCACCGAGGCCGAAUUCGCAUGCAUUUUGUACCACCAAAUGUUGAGAUGAAUGAUGGGUAUUUCCUCCCCUGGAAAGAAUAAGCACAGAAAAAUUGUAACAUAGGUGGCCAGAGCUCUUUCCUUUGAUGGGAAGAUGAACUGUCAAUGACUCUGGCUUUUUUACUGAAAGUAGCAGAAUUAAUACAAGGAUUAAUUGUGGGGAAUGAUCAAGGUUUUAAUUCAGAUCUAGAAGAAAACAUCGCACAACUGAAUGCAGAUUUUUAUCCGUAGAUAGUUCCAGUAUUUAGAAAUGUAGAACCUAUUGAGGUUUAUAAGACUUACUAUGGGAUGUAAAUCUGUUUUUUAAAAUACUCUUUUUAGGAACCUGGAGUUGCCACCUGGCAUUUUAGUUUAAUACGAACUAAUGAUUGCUUUGAAAGAGACUCUUCACUUUAUUUCUAAACAGUUAAAGGGCUAAAUGUCUUGAUGGAAGGGGUUAAAGUAUUGCCUGUUGUACAAAGAAAUGCUAGAUUGUUGUAAAAAGAAUUGCUAUAAAGUAUUGUAAAGUAAUGCUGAGUGAUUUUGUGAGUGAAACUUGGACAUGUUGAUUGAUUGUUAUGCCUGAUAAUGUGUUGUGAGAAGCACAGAAAUGUAGUUUUGUUUUAAUAAACAAAAAAAAAUGAACCUUA